CCCAGCCCGAGCGGCCGAAUGCACGCGCUCCGCACUACGCCGACUUCUCAACAUCCACACAUUUUAAUUCUACCAAAAACUACAGAAUAUCAAUAAUAAUACCAACCAAUCACAAAAACCCGCGCAAUAUUUCCAUUUAAAAAGUGAAUCCGCCAUCAUUGGAAACUUUAUUCCAUUUAUUUAUUUCGUGUGCCAGUGACACAAUGCCUGUCAGAGUGCUGUGAUGUAUGAAAUUAUUUUGGAAUCAGUGUUAAUUUUUUGAUAAACAUUUUUGAUGGUUGUCGUUAAAAUAGAAGUAAUUUAGGACGCAAUAAUAAAUUGGUGAUGUGACGAGCUUCUUGCGUAACAAUCAGUAGCAGCGUCGGUGUGGUGUGGUGUGCGCGGUGAUGUCGUUAUGGAGGUGGUGCUGCCGCUGGCGGUGGUGUGCGUGCUGGUGAGCGCAGCACCCAACGCGACGCGAGCGCGCCACCCCGACGAACUGCCCGAGGAGCCGGUCCUGCCUGAUGAUGAUGAGGAACUGCUGCACAAGCUCGACUACUAUGAUGAGGAACGAAUCAAUAUUUCAGAGAAGGGCAUGUACCUGGGGUCGCCGUGUGAGUUCACCUGCAACCCCAAGCUCAUGCACGUGUACUGCGACCCCACCACGGCCUCCUGCCAGUGUGACCCCAAGCACCCUGUCGCCGUCGGCGUCGCUCAGGGAUGCGCUAAAGCUAAGAAAUUGGGUGAACAGUGCUUCUACCGCGAGACGUGCAAGGCAUUCGACAGUCACGCGUCAUGCGUGCAGGUCAACCACAAUGCGUAUUGUCAAUGUGACUCUGGCUACCAUCAGACCAGCCACACCAGGCCAACCACCAGGAUAUUUUGCACCGAAGAUCUGGUGUUGCUGACGGCCGACAUGCCGACGCUACUGGGCGUGGCGUCGGGUAUCUUCGUGCUAGCCGGCCUGCUGUGUAUGGUGCUACACCUGUACACCAAGGCGCGGUACCACCCCACGCAUCUGGCCGACGCGAGGCUUACGCCACCUUGUCUGUACUCACUUAACGACACAGGAGGCACGCUGAGCGGCACGCGCGCAUCGUCCCGCGCGUCAUCGCGCAGCGGCUGCACGUCAGGGACGCUGGACGAGCGUGACGGCGCGGGGUCGCGGCGCGCGUCCCGGCGCGCUGGUGUGGCGGUGUCGGCGUCGCGCGCAGGUGCGGCGCGCACCGCGGCCAUCUUGCUAAUCUCGCGCCACCUCAAGGCCGUAAGGCGGGACGGCGGCGCGCACCCGCCUAAGUGCGCCGCCAAAGGUUCGCGACGUCCAAGUCUAACUUCUGUGCAAAGCAGUUCAUCUUCUAUCCGGAGCUACAGUGCGAGACGAUGGGAGAGAGAAAGAGAACAGAAGGAAAGGAGACAGAUGAGCAUGCGUCUCGCUCAGUUGCACGACAAGAUGGCGGCAGGGCGGGAAAUGCCGAAGCAUGCCCCGACCCCGUCUCCUCGGUCGCCCAACAACUCUACAGAUGGACUGCUACCGUCUGUAUGUGAAAUUAGAGAAUUAAUUACAAAUCCUGAACAACAGUUGCAAGGAGUGGACGGGCCGUGUUCCAGCUCCUCGCUUUACUGACACCAGGCCCACGGCAAGACAAGGAGGUCCCUGGACUCCUUGUCAUCAGACGGCUCACCAGCCAUCGCCUGGAUGUAGACCGUCAAACCUCGGAGUGACUGAACUGUAACAAAUUACCAAAUUAGCUACCCACUAAGAAACGUUUAGUGUAUGACCAUCGAAUGCAUGUAAAUAGAAGAGUGUGUAAGGAACUUAAUUUGUAAUGAUGAUGACAAAGACCCCUAAUAUACCACGUCAGGCACUGUAAGCCUGCGAUCCCAGUUGUUGAUAUUGUAAGUAAACGCUUAUUGCUUAUAAUUAGAUCGAUGAGUUUCUGGUUGCGUCAUAUGGUGAUUGGUAAUGCUAUAUAUAUUUCUGGGUCCGAAAUUCUAUAGCAAUAUUAUUACGUUCAAUAAAAAAAGAACAAUAUUUUAUUUAUACUUGUACUUGUACCUAAACUCAUAUGAUAAUGAGGCAACGGAAAUAUGUUUUUAGGCAUUAUGUAUUUAAAAAGUGAAAAGCAACUGAACAUACUUUCGAAGGAGUUAAAUUUUCGUUCAUAAAAAUUAUAUAAAUUAUAGAACCAAGCAGCAUAUGACGCGUCCUCGAACAUUCCAGAAAAUAAAAGUAUAAGACUAGUUAACGAUAGUGUUGUAAUUUAAUAAAAAGUUGUUAUAAGCGCAUUUAUAUGAUUUGUAUCGGUUAACGUGAACCUCUAGAUUUAUAGAUAAAUGUACGCAAUAAGUUGAUGUUAAAUCGAAAUAUAUAUUGAUUUGUUAUUUAAUAUUAUUAUGUGGGAGACGAGUGAAAUAAUUUAUGUGUUUAUAUAUACGUAAAAUAAAUCACCAGAUUAUUUUUAAACAUAUCGUUUUAUAUUAAUAUGGUAUCGACUGUAAGAAACGGCUAUAAUACUUUUUAUAUUAUCUACUUUUACUAAUGUACCUGAUUGUUAUUUUUGUUUAAGUGUAAGUGAAUUCAACGCAUCUGUUUUGUUUGUGGACAAGAAUAAUAGCGAGAUACUAGGAUUAAUAAAUGUCAUGAUGGAAAUCUGUAACAUGGUUACUUCGCGAACUAUCCGGCUCGAAUAUAGACUAAGGAAUACAUAUUACUAGGUUCAACACACAUCCACAGCUUGACCGUAUUGGCUGGUUCAUAUUUAUUAUUGCGAUCGUAGUAACCAUUGGAUAUCGAUAUCAAAGGGGGAAGUCGGACCGGGUAGUUAAUAUUAGCCGGCUAGUUUGAUAACUAACCUUGUUAUUGGGUUUAUUUGGUAAUCGUGUACAUUAAAGGUAAUAUAGGUAUGGAGUGGUUGCGAUGUGGCUCCGGCCAGGCCUUAUAAUUCAGGAAACUGGAACACGGAAGUGUGCUGAUUGAUAAAGCAUAGAAACAAAACAUUUUGUACUCGUAAUGUAAAUAAAUAGUUCGAGAAAUAGUUAAUUUAGUGUUCGCUUGCUGAAGUUGGUUGUCUGACACUGUCUGCUUGCUCUCAAUAAAUAUUAUUUUUAUAGGAUCGUAUAGUUUAAGACGAAACGCACAUCUCGAUAAAAGUUAAUAAUUUCUACAAAGUGAAGUAAGCCAUUCAUUGUCACCCCCAACAUUUUAGUAGCGGACAUCGACUAUCUUUGCUUAAUAACUACUUGAUUGCUUAAUAAGUACGACGUAAAAACGAACACCGUGAGGACUUUUAAUAAGCUUCAUUUCAUUAAAAUCAGCUUGUAAGCGAACCACGAAAGAUUCCCCGCUAAAGAAUUCCGUGGUAGACCUCCUAGUAUCGACCAUACGAUUACUCCGAGUGUUUAUUCUUUGAGUCUAUUUUCAUAAUCUUCCUCAUGCUGCUUACCAUGACGGUAGAUAGGAUAAUUGAAUCUAAUUCCUGUUUUCUUUGAGAACCGAUAAAACAACAGCUUUGUGUUGUGGUUCUAUUGUUAUAUGAAUAAAGGUGCUUAUUCUUUGUUUGUUUAUCCGUUUAAUUCAAUCGAUUGUGAUAGUGAUCUUAUACCUUAAGAAUGUCGCGGAGAACCUAACGGGUAACCGGGACUCCGGCUCGACGUGCAGGAGAAGGAACG